AUGGACGGAUUCCGCGGCGCCGUGGACGCCGUCGCGGCGAUCUUGCGCCGCGUGCUGCUACGCGACCCCAGCAACCGGCGCGAGGCGUGCACGUGGCUCGCGGCGCUAAUCGGUCGCGUGCAGCUCCCGCCCGCGCUGCGCCGCGCGCUUGUCUGCCGGCUCGUGGCGCGCAGCGGAUCGCUCGACCCUGGCGCCUCUGACCGCUCGCUGCUGCGCCAGCUGCUGCAACUGCUGUGUGAGGAAAGGCCGAAAGAUGCCGCCCGGCUGCUGAUGCAUGACCCUGACCUCAUCCGCUCGUUCUUUGCUGCCAAUCCUCACCGCAUUCUCUUGUGGUUCGACCAUUUCAGUCUGGGGCCUGGCAGUCAAGGGGGCAGAUGGGGGGAAGAGGGGGAGAGGAGCAGGGAACAGCAGAGACCAAGCGCCUAUGCUGCUACUGCCUAUGCUGGUUCUGGUUCUGGUUCGGCCCACACCAAGUUGGCAGGGUCGGCAGCAGCUGGUGACGCUCUGCACCGGGACAGUCCAGGUUCGGGCCGGCUUGUCUUGCCGACCCGAGCUCUGGUUCGGAACCACAGGUUCGGGGCGCAAGCCUUGGCCGAGUUUGCGUUUGCACAUCGGGAGGACCAUUGGCACCGGCUGGUGUGGGCAGGGAAGCAUGCGCAGACACCUGUUACUGUUGCUGCCCGGCCGCAUUAUUUCUGCGAGCUGGACAUCUCGGGCACCAUGAAAAACUUUUUGCGCGAGGUGCCCGAGUUCUGGUCGUCGCACGAGCUUCGGAAGACGUUACAAGACGGCGCGCUCUUGUCGCUGGAUAUCAGUUUUUUUGUAGAGGAGUUGAUGAGGAGGCUUGUAAGGGAGAUGGAAGAUGAGAGGAGGAGGAGAGGGUGGGAGGAAGGAGUAGAGGAAGUGUUACGCACGGAGAGGAGGGAGGGCGAUGGGAGGGACGUGAGGGUAAGGAAGGUGUGGAUAAGGGAGGAGCGAAUGCAAGCGCAAAUACAAAUUCAAGAGGAAAGGAGAGGGCGACAAGGAAGAGAGAUGGUACACGAGUUGGUGGAAGACUUUGUUGACUCGGUUGACUGGGCUCUGCUGUGCUCUCGGGUGCUGGCUGGGGCGGGUGAAGAGGGGCUGGAGAGUGUUGCUCGCGGGGUGUGGCGAUGGGCGCAGGGGAGGAGAGGGGAGGAAGGAGGGGGGCCGGACAGGAGGGAGGGUGGGAGGAAGCGAGAGGAUGGUCGAGAGAGGGAGAGGGGGAUUGAAAGGGAGAGGGGAAGAUUGAAGGAGGGGGGCGGAGAUGGGUGGGCUGGGGCAAGGGAAAGGAGAGGGAGAGAGGGAAGGGUGAUUGAGAUGGGAGUGGGAGCGGGGAUGGUGGAGGCACAAGGAAUGAUGGACGAGGUUCUCAUUGGUGCAUGCUGGGAUGGAGAUGAGGAGAGGAUUAGAGGGGGCCGGAGGGAGGAGGACGAGGAGUGGAGCAGAAGGGAGAGGAGGGAGAGGGAUAAGGAGAGGAACAGCAGGAGGGCAAGGGAUGUGAAGGCAGACCAACUCGCAUCACUCCCUUCGCUGGAUUCGCUCUCUUCAUUCGAGCGCCUGCUCCUCCUCGUGGCCGGUGCGUGCCACGGCAGGCAGACCGCUCUGCUGCUGCUCCGGGAGCCCGAGUGGGCCGACGAGCGGGAGGAGUUGACUGCGGUGCUGCGCGGUUGCUUCGCCACCUCUGUGGGGGAGCCACCUGGGAAGCAGCUAGUGGGUUAUAUUCUGGGAAGUGGUGGUGUGGAGGAAGGAGAGGGGAGGGCGAGAGAGGGGAGGCGGAGGGGUGAGGAGAGGGAGAGAGAGAGGCAAAGGGAAAGAGGAAGGGAGUGGGAGGGAGGGGAGGAGAGCAUUGCAGGGAUAGAGGUGGUGGUUGGCACGUGGAUGGUUAGGGCGCAUCUCAUGGCGAGUAUGGGAAUGGAUGGAGGGCAUACGGGAAUGGAUGAUGACGGAUUAGCAGGGAUGGGAUGUCUGGCGGGGGGAGAUGAGGCUGUGGGGGUGAUGUUGAGGCGUUUAGGUGUUGCUGUGGAGAGGGGAGGAGGUGAGGGGGGGAUGGGUGAGGUGGGCGGGGAGGGUGGGGUUGAGAGGGUGGGGGAUGGGGAAGGUGGUGAGAAGAGGAGGAAGAGGGAGAUGAAGAAGGAGAAGAAGGGUAGGCGUGGCAAGGCCGUACAAGGCAAGGCGGGGAGCCCGCAGAGGGAGGCGUCUGGAAGGGCGAAACGCGUUUCCGUUGCGGAAAUCUACGCAGUGGAGAGAUUGGAUGAGGCGGCGGUGAAAGGGAGUCUCUUAGGUCCAGCAGCUAGACUGCAUCGUCUGGCCAUCCAUACUUUCCGGAAGGCUGCUGACAGGUGGACACCCGUGCAGCUUGUUCUGAGUCACGCUGAUGUCAGCGUGUGUCAGCAGUGGGUCGAUUCUAUCCAAUCACUGCUCAGGGCGGACCCUGAACGGCCCCGGAACCUGCUGGCGUUCAUCAACCCCAUCGGCGGCCACCGCAAGGCGCUCAAGACGUGGGCAGCGGUGAAGCCCGUGUUUGAUCGGGCGGGAGUGGCGGUUACUGAGGUGGUCACGCAGCGGCAGAACCACGCUUUUGAUGCCGUGUAUGGGGCGACUGAUGAGGAGAUCUCAGCCGUUGAUGGCAUUCUGGUUGUGGGAGGCGAUGGCCUGUUCAACGAGGUGCUGAACGGGCUGGCCAAGAGGCGACACCACGCCCCCCCCUGCAUCCACCCUUCUCGCCUCUCCUCUGCACGCCUCUCUCUCCCUCCCUCCUCCCAUCUCUCUUCCACACCACCCCCACUCGCCUCCUCUGGUUCCCCUGCUGCUCUCUCGUCUGCCGCUCCGUCCUCUGGGGCACAGUCAGAGGCAGCUGAGUGUGUGAACGUGGGCCUUCAACUGCCACAUGCUUUGCGUAUUGGCAUCAUCCCUGCUGGAUCUACUGAUUGCAUCAUUAUGAGUGUGACAGGAUCUCGAGACCCUACGACUGCAGCGCUGCACGUGGUUCUGGGCCAUCGCAUGCCUCUGGAUGUGGCGAGAAUCACUACGUGGAAGGAAGAGGAGCAGGCGGGGAAGCAAGGCGAGCAGUCAGAGGAGGAGAAAGAGGAAGAGGGGCAACGGAAAGAGGGGGAGCAGGCAGAGACGGGUGGAGAGAUUGGGGGCAGUGGAGGCAGGGAGGAGGGGGGCGAAGGAGAAGCGGAGCUUGUGAGGGAGGGGUUUGCGGGUGGAGAUGGAAGAGAGAAGGCUGGGGGAGCUGGGAGCGAAACAGAAGGGGCUAAGGCAAAGACAGAAGAAGAGGAGGAGGAUGAGGGUGUGGAGGUCCGCUAUGCUGCCUCUUUCUUUGGCUAUGGAUUCUACGGCGAUGUGAUUCGGCGAAGCGAGGGGCUCAGAUGGAUGGGGCCGGCGCGGUACGACUAUGCUGGGCUCAUGACAUACCUGCACCACAGCCUCCUUGGCCCAAAUGUGGAUAUCCCAUCCCUGUCCCUUAUCCUCCUCUGCCUACCUCACCCCUUCCUCUACCUCUCCCUCCUCUUCUUAUCCCAUCCCUUCCUCUUCCCAUCCCCGCCCUGCCUAUUCCUUCCCCUCCACCCACCAUCAGGUCAUACGAUGCGGAGGUCGUACGAUGCGGAGGUGUCCUACUUUGACGUGCUUUCCUCUGCUGGGCCAGCCCCAGGAGCACCCGGUGAACAGCACAAGCAGGGUGCACGGAGGCUCACCCCUCUCCCCACCCCAUCUCGCCCACCCACCAUCAGAUCGUACGAUGCAGAGGUGUCAUACUUCGACGUGCACUCCUCUGCUGGGCCAACCCCAGGAGCACCUGGUCAACCCAGAGUCAACUCCCUAUCACACCCGUCCACCUCACCCACCAUCAGGUCGUACAAUGCCAAGGUGUCCUACUCUGACGUGCACUGCUCUGCUGGAUCGUACGAUGCUGAGGUGUCCUACUUUGACGUGCACCCCUCUGCUGGUCCAGCCCCAAGACCUGCAAUCCAAGCGUCCCCUGUCCAAGCAGCAGGGUUGGAAGCAUCUCCAUCCACUGCAGCAGAGUCGGACGCAUCUGCAGUCCAAGCAGCAGCAACCUUGGGAGAAUCCCCAUCCCAGGGCGUUCUCGCGCCCCCUCUGCUGGCAGCAGCAUCACCACUGGAAGCGGGGCCUGUGAGGGGUUUAGAGAGGAGCUUCACUGAUCAGCUCCCUAGAACGCAUGGUCUGGAUGAUGAUGACGAGGAGGAAGAGGAGGAGGUUGGGGAGGUGGAGGACGGGGAGGAGAAGGUGGGAGAGGAGGUGGUGGAGGAGGACGGAGGGGUGGGAGGAGAAGGGAAAGGAGAGGUAGAAGGGGGUGGAGAGGGGAAGGUAUUGGGUGGAGGGGACGGAGAGGGGAAGGGAGAGGGGGAAGGGAUGCCACUGCAGGCUGUGGAGUGGAACGGAAGGCUGCGGCGGCGCACCUUCAGCAGCCCCAUGCUGGUGAAGACACGCAGCACUGACCUCUCCCAACUCGCACGCGCCUCCCACAGCCUCCUCACACUCGACACCUCAUCACUCGACCUGGCCCAGAUCUCUCACAGUCAAUCGGGUGCUGCCACGUCAGCACCUGUGGGUGUAGCUGAGCAAGAGGGGUUAUUGCAGAAAGGAGGGCAGAGUGGAGAGGGUGUGUGUGCAGUGGGGGGGAUGGAGAAGCAGAGUGAGGGGCUGAGGCCCUGUUGGAGGACGGUGCGAGGAAAGUUCCACAGCGUGGGGGCGGCAGUGAUGUCUUGUCGAAACGACAAGGCGCCAGAUGGCGUCGCGGCACAGGCCCACCUGGCGGACGGCAAUCUACAUCUCAUCCUGAUCCGCAAGUGCUCGCGCCCCGAGUACCUCCAUCAGCUGACUCGCCUAGCCCGCAAAGGGGCCGACCCAUUCGCCUUUGAAUUUGUGGAGACAUACAAGACCCCAGCCUUCAUGUUCACAUCUCACGGGAAGCAAAGCACGUGGAAUGUGGAUGGGGAGUUGGUGGUCGCCUCGCAGCUCUCUGCUCAAGUCUUCCGCGGAUUAGUCGACAUAUUUGCAUCUGGACCCGAGUUUUGA